AUGUCAAAGAAAUACCCUGCCCCCGACGCGCCAGUAGUCCGGAUAAUUGUGUUGGAGACGGACAACCCCCAUCCUGACACCCAUGCAGCGAAGGGGAGCUUUGGAGAAAUUCUGCAUACACACUUCCAGCAUGCCGGCGCUGAACACGACCCUCCGUUGGGAGUCGAUACAGAUCAGAAGUUCGUGGUAGAGGAAAAAGGAGGUACAGUCCCAUCAUUUGAAGAUUUCGACAGCUAUCAAGGUGUCCUGAUCACCGGAAGCAUGUAUGAUGCACACGGAGAUAAUCCCUGGAUUCUCAAACUCCUCGGAGUUUUACAAGAACUCUGGGAGCGCCGGCCGGAUCUCCACUUGAGCGGCGUGUGCUUCGGCCACCAGCUUCUCAACCGGAUGCUCGGCGCCGAAGUCGCACCAGCGCCAUCAGAAGACUGGGAGUUAGGCCACUGUCGGAUCGACCUUUCCCCGGUGGGUAAGCAACUGUUUAAGACAGAAGACAAUGAUGUGCAUCUUCACCAAAUGCACCAAGACCAAGUCGUCGCGCCACCUACCACCGAGAGCUCCAAGGGCCUAUUGAAGACGAGCGACAAGGUGGAUGUGUGGGGUCACAGUGAGCACACCAAGGUGCAGGGCGUUUACAUCAAGGGCCGGCUCUUCACAUCACAGGCGCAUUUGGCGUUUGAUGAGGAUAUGGUAAAAAGGCAGAUCCAAAUGAGGAUUGACAGUGGCGGUAUUCAGGAUAUGGAACAUGCGGACCAGGCGGCGGAGACUGCGCAUUGGGAACACGAUGGUGACCUGGUCGCAGCGGCUAUUCUAAGGUUCUUCCACGGAGACGAUGAUGAGAUAGAGUGA